UCACAUGCUUCUUUUCUUUAUUGUUGAGUUGAUAAAAUACCGGCUUUUACAGCUGACUUUUUGAAAUAGUUUUUUUUAAUUUAAAGUUAGAUUCAGUUUUGUUUUAGUAAUUAUUGUAUCUCCAUGAUGAAAAAUUUCAGUUUGAUUGUGGCCGUUUGUGAGAAUGGUGGUAUCGGGAUCAAAGGAGAUCUCCCGUGGAAGCUGAAGCAAGAACUGAAAUAUUUUUCUCGAAUGACCAAAAAAGUACAGAAUCCUGAGAAAAGAAAUGCUAUCAUCAUGGGUAGGAAGACAUAUUUCGGGGUGCCGGAAUCGAAGCGACCUCUACCGGAUCGUCUUAAUAUAGUAUUGACCCGCGAUCCAGCUGCUAAUCAGUACCCGGAUGGCGUGAUGGUUUGUACCAGCAUGCAGGAAGCUUUGAGCGAACUAGACAAGGGACAAGUGGCCAACGAAAUUGAGAAUAUCUGGAUCGUGGGAGGGAAUGCUGUGUAUAAAGAAGCGAUGGAAUCUGAUCGUUGUCACAGGAUUUAUCUCACUGAGAUUAAACAAACCUUCGAAUGUGAUGCAUUCUUCCCUAAAAUCACCGAAGAUUUUCGUAUCGUUAAGAACGAUGAUGAUGUACCAGAAGAAAUACAGGAAGAAAACGGUAUCAAAUACCAAUACAAAAUUUAUGAAAAAUCAUCCCAGAAAUGAAAGGAACAAUGAAAGUUAAUUUGAAACUAGCUCAUUCCACUUUUGUACGUUUAUUGUUUAACAUAAAUAGGUGAUGUUAACAUCCCAUAAAUACCUACAAAAAUAAAAUUUACUAUUUUUCAUUUUU